GUGAAUGUUUAGUUCUUCCGUAGCCGACCCAGUAGAUGGUCGAGCUUUUUCCCCGCCGUCCGUUCCGUUGUUGGUUGGUUGAUUGUGUCGUGAUUAUCACUUUGAGCACUACAAUUAGGCGGGCCCGUGAUACUUUCGGUGGCUGGCCUCGGAGUUCUCUCUCCUCUCGUGCUGUGUGAGAUCUGAUUGACUGCACUGUUUUGCAGGAAAUUUCAUUGAUGAUGACAUAGGGAAACAGGAAGGGAACUGCUCAAACGAAAUCGAUUUCUGUUCCGUGUGCGGCAAAAUAAGGAGGAAGCGUCGGCGUAGUGAAGUGUGCAAUAGAUUGGAUGAAUAGAAAUUAGCAUUGUUCAGAGCUACUCAAAAUUACCCAUUCAGAGGGGCGGAGGAAAAGAAAACCAUACCCAAGAGUGUGUUUUUUUAGUGAGUGAAUCUCCCGCAAAGUGUUAAGUAACCGCCGACCAGUAGGUACGCGAAGUUGAUCGGCAACCAGCAGCAGCAGCACGCGGUGGUGGGUUUCUCUUUUUCCCGAGCCGCCGAUAUGACCAGCACAACAAUGCAAACCGUAAUCAAAAAUCCCAGCUGGUGGAGGCGCCGGACAGCGCUCGAAAAAACUCUCACAUUGGUUAGCAUCGUAUGCGGAAUUGCAGUCGUAGCUCUACUAAUCUCACUCGUUUCGGUGCUGUUGAGCGAUCGGAUACAUGAAUCGGAUAACGGUUCUUCCCAGUCGCCAAUGGCUCUGACCGGUUCUCGGCGGGGUAAAAAUAUGAAAGUCGCUUCCAAGGAACACGACAAUCUCUGCCUCUCGCCAGGAUGCAUCCAUUCAGCAUCGAAGGCGUUGGACCAAAUGGAUUCCAGCGUGGAGCCGUGUGACGAUUUCUACAACUACGCCUGCGGUAGGUUCCUCAAGGAAACCAACAUCCCGGACGAGAAGGUCUCGGUCAAUACCUUCUCGGUUAUUGGAGACCGGCUGCAGGAGCAGCUCCGGUCGCUCGUCAGUGAGGACAUCCACGAGGAUGAGGCCACGCCGUUCAAGUUGGCCAAGAACAUGUACAAGCUGUGCAUGAACAAAACGAGAAUCGAGGAGAAAGGCAUCAAGCCCCUGUUGGAAAUCCUGGACUCGUUGGGCGGAUACCCCGUCCUGAAGGGUGACAGCUGGAAUGCGGAUUCUUCGUGGUCCUGGACGAAAUCGGUGAAAGACUUCCGCAUGAAGGGCUACAGUACCGAUUAUUUCUUCGAUUUUUCGGUCGGAACCGAUUUGAAGAAUUCUACUCGUAGGAUAAUCGAUACGGAUCAAGCUGCCCUGGGCAUCAGCCGUGAGUAUCUGGUCAAGGGCAUGGACAACGCUAUCGUGUCGGCCUACUACAGCUACAUGGUGGACAUGGCGGUUUUGUUGGGUGCAGAUGAGGAACGCGCCAAACGGGAACUCAUGGACUCGCUGAACUUUGAAAUCGCUCUGGCCAACAUUUCGCUGCCCAACGAGAAACGUCGUAAUGCCACCGCUCUGUACAAUCCCAUGACAGUCAAGGACUUCCAGCACAAAUUCCCGUACACCGACUGGGUUGAAUACUUCAACGUGAUUCUGAAGGACACGGGAAUCGAGAUCGACGAGAACGAAGUCAUCAUCGUCAGCGUUCCGACCUUCAUGGAGCAGUUGGGUCCAUUGUUGCAGAAUACGCCUAAGCGAACCAUGGCCAAUUACGUGAUGUGGCGUAUCAGUGGAUUCUCCUCAUUUUUCCUCACGGAAAACCUGCGAAAGCGACAGCUGCAGUACAGUACGGCUCUGAGCGGUAAACAGGAACAAGAACCUCGCUGGAAGGAAUGCGUUGAUAUCACUUCGGGCAGUCUACCAAUUUCUGUGGGAGCUCUCUAUAUCCGGAAGUACUUCAAGGAAGAUUCCAAACGUGCGGCUCUGGACAUGGUGAACGGCAUCAAGAGCGUAUUUGUGGACAUUUUGAAGAAGGUCGAUUGGAUGGAUGAAAUAACCCGGAAAUCUGCUCUUGACAAGGUCGAUUCUAUGGUAACGCAUAUCGGAUAUCCAGAUGAGCUUAUGGAUAACAAUAAAAUUGCCGAUUAUUACAAAGACUUGAAAUUCCAACCGGAGGACAACUACCUGAACACAAUUCUCUACAUGAACCAGUUUGGAACAACCAAGGCAUUCAAGAAGCUACGACAGGCUGUUAACAAGACCGACUGGAUCACCCAUUCUAGACCAGCUGUUGUUAACGCUUUCUACUCCUCCAUCGAAAACAGUAUUCAGUUCCCGGCCGGUAUUCUGCAGGGUCAAUUCUUCUCAUACGAACGACCAAAGUACAUGAACUAUGGAGCAAUUGGUUUCGUUAUUGGUCACGAGAUUACGCACGGUUUCGACGACCAGGGACGACAGUUCGACAAGAACGGAAACCUUGUAGACUGGUGGCAAUCCGAUACCAAGAAGGCGUACCUGGAGAAGGCCCGCUGCAUCAUCGAACAAUACGGCAACUACACUGAGCCAAAUGUGAAGCUCAACCUCAACGGUAUCAAUACCCAAGGCGAGAACAUUGCGGACAACGGUGGCAUCAAGGAAGCAUAUUACGCAUACAAACAAUGGGCUGAGAAGCAUGGUCCCGAACCACGCCUGCCCGGACUCGAUCUUACACCGGAACAAAUGUUCUGGUUGUCUGCUGCCCAAACCUGGUGCUCGGUUUACCGGCCAGAAACCAUGAAGAUGCGAAUCACUACCGGAGUACAUUCGCCAGGCCAGUUCCGAGUACUUGGACCCAUGAGCAAUAUGGUCGAGUUCUCGAAAGAUUUCAACUGCCCAGUAGGAUCACCAAUGAAUCCAGCACAAAAAUGUGAGGUUUGGUAAACCGCAUUUACGCUUUCUUUCCACAAUCCUUCCAAUGCUUUAAAACUUUCACUCAUUUCCUCCUGUUCAACUCCACUACUACAGUUUUUCCCUCUCUUCUACUGUUCUACACGAACAAACGUGAUAUCGUAGGAACCCUCAGACAGUUUUAUAUCAAUGAUUCAUUUGUUGAAACGUACUUAUAAUUUCAACUACAUGAAAUUGACUUUUAAAAGCAACAUUUUACUUAAGUGACUAUACUUAAGCAGAAACAAAUUAUAAAUAUUUAUUCCAACUGAUGAUGUACGCCGAAUACCGGUUCAAAAAAAAAACGAAACAAAAAACUCUAUGGAAAACAUACACAAAUGCAACAAAAAAAACUAGAAAUAGAACACUUAUGCAGCAACAGAUCGGACAGUUAGUCGACAGAGAAAUCAAAAGUCAUAAAACGGUGCGCAUCGUGUGCAAACUCGUUCGAUAUAAUGCUUCAACAAAGCCAUUUUAGCUUGUUUGUCGUUCUGGUCAUUAAUGUCUGGAUUAGGGGAUCCAUACCCACAUGUACUUCUCGUUAUAUGACGGUUAAACAGUAACGAAAUCUGUUGUUUGUACUUUUUGUAUUAGCGUAAGGUUUUACAGUAAUAUUGUGUCAUGAAAUAGAAUGUUUUCUAUUACA